UAUUAAAACAGGAUUUGAAGGAAGAAGUUUGAACCUUUUGAGGCCUCAGAACUCUGCUAUGGCAAGUUCUCAUUUAUCAACAGCUGCUGAGCUAUUUUCAAGACAACGUAAUCCCCCGAGGGUUCCAAAUCUAAUUGGGGGCAGUUUUGUCGACUCAAAAUCGUUGACUUUCAUUGAUGUCAUAAACCCUGCAACACAAGAAGUUGUUUCACAAGUUCCUUUGACUACGGAUGAAGAGUUUAAAGCUGCGGUAUCUGCAGCAAAGAAGGCAUUUUCAUCAUGGCGUAACACUCCAAUCACAAGACGCCAACGUGUUAUGUUGAAGUUCCAGGAGCUUAUACGCAGAGAUAUGGAUAAACUUGCAAUGAAUGUGACCACUGAACAAGGAAAGACGCUAAAGGAUGCUCAAGGAGAUGUAUUCCGUGGUUUAGAGGUGGUGGAACAUGCUUGUGGGAUGGCAACUCUACAAAUGGGGGAGUAUUUUUCCAAUGUAUCACGGGGAAUUGAUACAUUCAGCAUUAUAGAACCGCUUGGUGUUUGUGCUGGUAUUUGUCCGUUCAACUUUCCUGCAAUGAUUCCCUUAUGGAUGUUCCCAAUGGCAGUUACCUGCGGCAAUACCUUUAUUCUAAAGCCAUCAGAGAAAGAUCCAGGUACUUCUGUAAUGCUUGCAGAAUUGGCAAUAGAGGCUGGUUUGCCCGAGGGUGUCUUAAAUAUAGUUCAUGGAACUCAUGAUAUUGUCAAUGCUAUUUGUGAUCAUGACGACAUCAAAGCCGUAUCUUUUGUUGGUUCAAAUGUUGCUGGAAUGCACAUAUAUGCAAGAGCAGCAGCUAAAGGAAAACGUGUUCAGUCUAAUAUGGGGGCCAAAAAUCAUGCAGUUGUCAUGCCUGAUGCAAGUUUUGAUGCUACUGUAAAUGCUUUAAUUGCUGCGGGUUUUGGUGCUGCUGGUCAAAGGUGCAUGGCUCUCAGCACAGUUGUUUUUGUUGGAGGCUCAAAACUGUGGGAAAGUAAACUUGUGGAACGUGCCAAAGCUCUUAAAGUAAAUGCUGGAACUGAACCUGAUGCAGACCUUGGUCCAGUAAUUAGCAGACAGGCAAAGGAGCGAAUACACAGAUUAAUUCAAUCUGGGUUUGAAAGCGGUGCAAGACUAGUGCUUGAUGGAAGAAAUAUAGUGGUCCCCGGAUAUGAAUCUGGCAAUUUUAUUGGACCAACCAUCUUAUCAGAUGUCACUGCCAACAUGGAGUGCUACCAGGAGGAGAUUUUUGGUCCAGUUCUUCUUCUCAUGGAGGCUGAUAGCUUGGAAGAGGCCAUAAACAUUAUCAACGAAAACAAGUAUGGAAAUGGUGCUACUAUAUUUACUACAUCUGGCGUGGCUGCAAGGAAAUUUCAGACAGAGAUUGAGGCAGGGCAGGUGGGCAUCAACGUUCCAAUUCCUGUUCCUUUACCCUUUUUUUCAUUUACUGGCAACAAGGCAUCAUUUGCAGGCGAUCUCAAUUUCUAUGGCAAGGCAGGGGUUAACUUUUAUACACAGAUCAAAACAGUAACACAGCAGUGGAAGGAUUCAGCUAGCGGGAGCAAGGUUAACAUGUCAAUGCCAACUUCUCAACAAUCUUGAAUGUGAAGUGUAUAUUGCAUCCGAAUAAAGAACACCGAACCAUUUUGUCACGUUUGACAAAAAAUUUUAACAAACUGUUAUGUUAAGAGUAAAUUUUGCCAAAAUGUCACGCGGCAUGUUUCGCUACACUGUGUAGUGAAAUAUAUUUGCAAGUAAUUUGCUACAGUGUAGCGAAAUAUGUCAUGUCAGGCUGUACAGUCAGCAAAAAUGACACGUGUUAAGCAGGCCGAAUUCAAGCAUAAUUCGCUACACAGUGUAGCGAAUUUCUGCCUGCUUGACACGUGUCAUUCUUUUUGCUGACUGUGCAUUCUGACAUGGCAUAUUUCGCUACACUGUGUAGCGAAUUACUUGCAAACAUAUUUCGUUACACAGUGUAGCGAAAUAUGUCGCGUGACAUUUUGACAAAAUUUACUGUUAGCAUGACAGUCUGAUAAAUUUUUUUGUCAAGUGUAGCAAAAUGGUCACUCUUUCUCUGAAUAAACCUUCAUUUGUACUCUAAUAAACCCUGUUAAACUAUUAUCUUAUAUUUUCAA